AUGGCGGCAUCCACAUCAACAACUACUCCCCAGGAGCAAGCUUCCACAGUCACAGCAUUUGCCAAAGCUCUCCAAGACCAAAUCUCAUCGACUAUCGCCGCCUCCAGCCCGCUAGCUAUCCCCGACAACAUCCUUCGCACACUCGAUACACACCUUAAUCACCUCCCCUUAUCACGAAUAUUCCUCACAAUAUCCAUGCGUCGCCAGAUUGAUGCGAGAGGAACGGAGCUAUGGAAUACAUGCUCGCAGGUUAAGAGGACUUGCAAGGAUGGUGGUGUCCGUGGUUUGUUGAGUAAAGUGAAGUAUCUGGCCUUUGUUAUGAUUGAGAGUGCUGCACCUCGUCGGGGGUCGGGAAAUUUGAGGGCUCUUGAGCUCGCGCUGAGGACAGCCAGAAACUGCUUGGAAAGUGAGCAUUUCGAACUCGGCUUGAAAGCUCUGGAGAUUGCGGCGGCGAGGUUAGAUACUUUUGAGAAGUCAGAGGCCGAUAAUUUAAGUCUAUCGGCCACCACGACGGAAUAUUAUAUGCUUCGCAUCUAUCUGUCGUGGUUUCAAGGAAGGCCGGAUAUCGCAGAGCAUUUGUUCUCCAAGACUAGCGACAUCCAAGGGACACUGGAACAGCAAAAGACGAUUAUAGAGGUUUGCUAUAUCAUUGGGUCGUCGGCUCUUUCGAAAGGCCAACAUGAUAUAGCGGUCCAUUGGCUGGAAAGGGCAUUGAAAUCGAGCUCUUGUUCUAACCAGGAUAGUGAGCCAUCUGAACUUGCUCUGAAGGAUAUGAGAUUGCUUAUACUACAUACCUUGGUUCGGAGCCGUCUCCAGUUGAAUACACCGAACUCGCGGGAUUGUGCACUCCAAGCAUUGAACUCUUUGAAGACUGAAUACAUAGAUAUAUUUUCUGUAGUCAUGCUUCAACUCGAAUUCCUCAGCAAAGAACAUCUGAAUUAUAAUGACUAUUUUGAAUGCCUUGAAACUGCCGUACGAAUGAUGGAACUUACAAACGUCACUCUAAACACUGCCUUCUAUCAUAUCCAGAAACUCAGCAAUUACAGCUGGGAUCUCUCCAUGAAAGUAUCUCGACAGCUUCUGCUCGAGAAACUCAUCCCUUCCGGUAACCAUACCUUGAUAGGGCAGUAUUUCGUUGCCUUUGUCUGGAUUGUAACCGAUUCAAACAUACCUGCAUCGCAAGAGUUGGAUACCAUUAUAGAUGCUGCGAAAACACUCGCUCAGUCUAACACAAAUGCUCUGGGUGAAGACGCCGCUCAUGCUUCGUUAGCUCUUAUAUGGAGACGAGUCGAAAACAUGACUUUCAAUGGCGAUAUCUCUUUAGCAGAACAGUGGUGCCUGCUUGUCCUUGAAAAUUCUAUUUUCCAGAAUUGCUCCACAACCAACCGGGGCGUCCUUCAAAGAAAAUUAAUGAUCUGCGCAUUGAAUAACCCAGACACUUCUCUUACAUACGAAGCGCUGGAUCGAAUACUGGAGCGAUCUCACGACACCCCUUCGACGCUUUACUUGGCGUAUAUGAUCACUCUGUUGCAUGAUGAACCGGACCUGGGAACGAGCGUCCUGGAAGCGCUAUAUAAGCUAGGAGCAAGUGGAGUCACGUUUCUCUUGUCCUGUGCAGCAGAAGCUCAACGUCUGGGAAAGAUGCAGCAAAUGAUGAAUAGCAUUCUGCGGGUUAUUGCAAUUCUGGAUAGUGGAUGUCAUGAAGGGUCAAACCUUCCAACUCUUGUUGGAUCCACGUUACAUAUUCUCUCAACGGAACUGGAUAAUUGCAAAUCAGGCACUACGAAGGUCUUGGAACAGAUAUAUCGGGCCUUUCAAGCUGCCCUGAAAGGUUUGACUAAAAGCAGCAGUACAUUCUCGAGCAACGACGUACAAUGGCUCUUCGAGAAGAGUUAUAAUCUGACUUUGCAGUUAGUCAGGUCUUCUCGCUACAGUGCAGCUAUAAAGUUGCUAGAUGUCUCCCUGAAGCUGGCAGGUCUAUACCCACAGACCGCGGAGCCCAAAGAUACGUCCAGAGUUCUUGAGCAUAAUCUCUCAUGUAAUCUUCUAAAAGCCCUCAUUCUCAUCAUAGAGGCACGCGAGGAAACAGACCCUCUCGCAAAGAAAAACCACUACACCAUUACUCGCAACACGAUCGAGUACUUCCGAGCACACGUCGCAAACCACCCACAACUUCAACAGAACCAUGAAAUAACGGUCCCGGAAAAAUGGCAAGAAAGCUACAAAGCCCUCCUCUCCUUCGACUUCGAAGCCGCCGUCUUCCUGUCCCAAUGGGACUGUCUACCACGUAUAAUCGAGGAAUUAAGCUUAUUCGCAGACUCGAGGCUGUGCACUGUUUUCCUGGACUUGAUUCUAUCUGCUGAGGCACCGGUGAGCGAGAUGGUAAGGGUUGUCAUGACGAUAAUAAAUACCCUCCACACCUCCGCCUCCCCAACUCUCAACAAAUCCUCCUUUGUAACCUCUCUCCCGUGCUACCUCCGCUGCCUCUUCCAACUAUCCCUCCAAGCAAGCGAAAUCCCCCUUGCAGAAUCCAUCCUCGAUCAAUCCAUAUCCUUAGCCUGUGGCUACGAUGAAGAUACCAAUACAAACAAGGAUAAUAAUGCCAUAGCCACCUCCAACGGCAAGAAUAACAAGUACGACUAUCCAAACGAUGAACUCGAAUGGCUCGCCACGAUGACGUUCAAUCGCGCAAUAGAUUUUUACCUCGUCUCUGCGGAUGAGGAAUGUAGACGGUGGGCCGGGAAGGCGAUUAUAAUUGCUGAUUUAGUGAAGUAUAACCAUGGUGCGUUGGGGAGAUUGUUGAGGGCAAAUUUGGCGAAGUUGCCGUGA